ACUACAUUGGGUUGAGCCAUACUUCCGCAUAUGGUUUGCUACGAUAGCACAUUAAUGUCACUAAAACUUUUGUACUGAAUUAGUACUGAUCGUACUGCAGCCUCGACAGAUGAUAGUAUAAACGUCAUCAAUCCAAUAUUUGUGUCCGAGCAAGGGCGGUGGGCUGUUCGUUAAAGAUUCUCGACCAAGCUUAAUAAAUUGAGCUAAGAUGCUAGAGAGAAGCCUUUGUUAGCGUCACGUCGCUCAGGAGAACGCGAUGUGAUUGUCGUGAGAAAAUGUGUGCAAAACUUGUGAAAGAAGGAGAGUGCGAGGAAGACCUUCAUCGGUCAAAAGAGAACGAUGGACAAAGAUUGGACACUGUUUUCAACCAGCCGAAAUUACACAGAGCAGACGUCAGUAAUUAUCAUCAUCUAAAGCAGCAAAUCCAAGAGGAGGAGCCAAAUUUGUCACACUUCGUAAAGGAAGGAUUGCCAGAAGUCCGUCACAUGAAAGAAGAACAGGAUGAUGUCACCAAGUCUCCAUUGACUGGUGUUAUUGUGAAGAGUGAAGAAGGCGAUGGAAACAACUUAAAACUAAAAAGCCUCUUUGCUUCAUUAUCAGAAGGUAACGACGUAACGUCACACUCGUACGGUGAUAAUGAAGAGGAACUCUCGAAAGAUGAAAAGACACAUCACGCAGACAAGAAAUUCAUCAAAUGUUCUCAUUGUGGCAAAAUGUUUUCCAACAAGUUCUCAUUGAGUAGACACACAAAAAUACACACUGGAGAGAAACCGUUUGUCUGCUCAAUUUGUGGUGAAAGGUUCUCUUUAAAAGCAGGUUUAACGACGCACACGAGAAGCAGACACAAUGGAGAAAAAACCUUUGCCUGCUUAAUUUGUGGGAAAAGAUUCUUUUUAAAGACCGGUUUGAAGAGGCACACACGAACACACACUGGAGAAAAACCUUUUGCUUGCUCAGUUUGUGGGAAGAGAUUUUCUUUAAAGGCAAACUUAACAACUCACACACGAAGCAGACACCGUGGAGAAAAAACUUUUGCCUGUGUAGUUUGUGAUAAAAGAUUCUUUUUAAAGACAGGUUUAGCAACACACAUAAGAACCCACACGGGGGAGAAACCUUUUGUAUGCUCAGUUUGUGGUAAAAGAUUCAGUCAGAAUGGGGACUUAAACGUACACAAAAGAACACAUUCAGGAGAGAAACCUUUUACCUGCUCAGUUUGCGGCAAACGUUUCUCUUUGAAGACAAAUUUAACAACACACACGAGAAGACACGAUGGAGAAAUGCCUUUGGCCUGCUCAGUUUGCGGCAAAAGAUAUAUUGACAGAGGAGAACUGUUGAUACACACAAGAACACACACAAGAGAAAAAUCUUUUGCUUGCUCAGUUUGUGGUAAAAGAUUCUGUAGAAAGGCAAGUUUAACAAUGCAUACAAGAACGCACACCGGCGAGAAACCUUGCACCUGCUCACUUUGUGGCUCAAGUUUCAGUGCGUGUUCAAAUUUGACUCAACACGUGAAAACGCACACAAAGGAGAAACCUUAUCCUUGCUUAGUUUGCGGUCGAAGAUUCUCUCGAAGGUCAACUUUAAGAACGCACACAAGAACGCAUGCCGAAGAAACAGACAAGAAGGUCAUUGGAGCUGCAGAAAAAACGGAGCCUGCUUUGGAAUCACGGACAGUGACGUUGAAAUAAAUAAACUCAUUUUCAAAUAUA